UUACUGGCCCUUUCCCACCUAUUAAAUAAAAGGUUCCUGAAUACUUUUUAUCAAGUCCUCAUGCCCAAGUCACCUAUGAAGUUAGGAUGCCAUCUUCUCAGAAGGUUCUGGAACGACAGACAGAUAGAGCUGGGAGGCGCUCAGAGGUGAUAGCUACCCUCUUUGGUUAGAGAGGGCUAACAGUGGCUCAGAAAGGGGCAGGAACUGGCCUGGGGUCAUGAGGUGCUCGGCAGCCCUGGCCAAGGUCAGGGGUGCAGCCAAGGGCCCCCCACUGCCCAUGUGUAUUUUGUACUUGCAGGACAUAACCUACCUUCGCAUCCCUGUGGCGGACACCCCCGAGGUACUCAUCAAAAAGCACUUCAAAGAAUGUAUCAACUUCAUCCACUGUUGCCGCCUCAAUGGGGGGAACUGCCUUGUGCACUGCUUUGCAGGCAUCUCCCGCAGCACCACCAUCGUGACGGCUUAUGUGAUGACUGUGACGGGGCUAGGCUGGCGGGACGUGCUUGAAGCCAUCAAGGCCACCCGGCCUAUCGCCAACCCCAACCCAGGCUUUAGGCAGCAGCUUGAAGAGUUUGGCUGGGGCAGUGCCCGGAAGUUUAGUAUUUGGAUGCCUUUGGGCCAGACUAUGGACCCUUCAGUGUGACCAGGUCCCAGCACUGCCUGCUCUACCCGCCUGGCACCUGAAGGCAUCUGAAUGUUUGACCCCUCUGGGGAGAGAUGUCCAUUCCCUACUCCACCCCUGGGUCCCUGAGAGGCCAAAGCAUCUCCUUCUCUUAUGCCCACUGGGCGGAUGGCACAUGGAGAGGUCAGGAACCUGGGAAUGAGGGAUGAGAGAGAGGCAGCAGGUGCAGGAAGGCUCUCCUCAGGUGCCGGGCUGGUACCCAGAGGCUUAUCUGCGAGGCUGCUGGACGAAAGAGGCAGGCAAAGAGGCCCCCAGUGCGGAGGGGGUUGUUGCUCAGGGAGGAGGAUUCGGGUGGGCUCCCCCCCCCC